GCGUGAUGGUAAAAAUGUUGCUUUGAAAACCGAAAAUCCGGGUGAUUAAAGUCUAUAUAAGUUGGUGCAAUUGAGUUUUAUUUUUCAGUUAAUUUGAUCCAAUAAUGGUAAUUAGGUGGAAUCAUUUGGCCACUCUGGUGGUGGUGGUGUUUAGUUUAACAGUUGUGCAUGGCGAGCAGCAUGACUCUACCGAUAUCAAAGAUGAUACAAGUAACAACAGAUUUGAAGAUUUGUGCCCAUGCUUGCCAGCUGAUAUAUGUCCUAGAGCCUUCGGAACCAACCCAGAAGAUGCCAAGUACCUUGGAAAUAUUAUGAAAUGUGAAGAUGAUAAGGAAGUUAGAUGUUGUGGAGCAUCAACUAGCUUCGUCGUUGGAAAAAAUACUGUAGCAUCGGAGAUGGCGAAAGAAGAGACUACAACCGUUCCAGCUGCUAACUCUGACAUUUUGACAAGUGGUAACGUUCAAGAAAACGAAAUUCCAGACGCAGAAAGUGAAAAUGUGGAAGGGUUACCUGAUCAUAAUGACACCACCGAAAUUCUUAGUUUAGAAGAAACGGGAAAUAUCGGGAAUUUUCAUAUUAAACAACAUUUGGAUGGUGAAAUGGACGAGGAAGCCGCCGAAUCUGAGUCUGUUAUUAAAACUGCAAACGUAGAAUUGAAUACAGGUGAUAUAUCUGGACCGUCCGAACCAAAAUCUCACCGUAUGCCAAAGAAUCUUGACGGUGUAAUGAAGGUGUAUCCCAGUAUUAUGUCAGGCAUACCUAAAACUACUCCCAAAAAUUUACCAGAUACAAACGAAAUGAAAGUUUUCGAUCAAGAAACUGGAAAGGACCUGCAUCUAGUAUUUUCUGAAACCACCUUAAAACCAGAGCCCACGGAACAAGUUACACCCAGUUCGACCGUUGAGUCCACCUCGAAGCUUUAUCGAUUCGAAAAGAGACGAAGACAAUUUAGACCAAUACAAAGAGCCACCACAACCGAAAGAGUUUCCACCACCGAAUCGUCAGUGGAUGAAUUGGAAUCGAAGCAGACGACUGUCAGAAUUCGAACGAGACAAAGACACAACUUAAGAAACUUUACCUCAAGACCAGUUCCUAAAGAGUCGACGCAUCCAACAACGAGACGACCACGAGUUAAAUUAACUACGACGACUGCUCCUACAACAGAAGAAAAAGAAAUAUUGGUUACAUCGGAAGACGAUAAAUCUCAGUCAAGUCGAUUCAGACUGUUCAAUGCACGUCGUUUAAACUAUCUCCGACGAAACACGACAACGACUACCACAACGGAAUCCUCAAUUGAAACGACGACCCAUCAAACAACUCGUUCAAACCCGUUGAUCAAAAAGCGACCACCCACACUUCAUGAAAAAUCAUCUGAAAUUCGUCCCACGAACAUGGAUGAGAAUUUAAUUCGUGUUGUGGACAGUAACCAUGAAAAUAUGAUCUCCAAAGUACGCGUUGCACUAAUGGCAUCAACAACAGAAAAUAAAGUGACUGAGAUUCCAAGAUCGUUUGCAAGUGUCGACAUUGGUAAUAGAGUCAAGAAAAUCGAAGAAAUGUUGGUCGAGAAAAUGGUCAACGUUUAUGCAGAAUCAAAGGCAAAAUUGCGUAGUGAUCAAACUGAAGAAGUCAUCGAUGUUCAAAACGACCUUAAGAAUACAGAAGUUUCAAAACAAACUACCAAUUCCACUCGACCAUUCCGCGGUCGAAAAAGAUUCCACCUGUCUGAUUUGCUUGAUAAGACUCCGGUUGUAACAAUGAGCCCCAACGAAUUUCGACGUACUAUGAGACUGAGACGCCCGACAGUAAGACCUGAACAAGAAAUUUCAGUGGAUGUUGUGCCAACGACUAGAAGACCACAUCGACGUCCUACUAUUAAGUAUCAAGAAGCAUUGGAUGAAAGCAAAACUAAUAUUGGAGAGCGCAGUUCAUCUGAAAGCAAUGAGGAAGGAAGUGUUCGACGACGUUUCAAGAUAAGACGUAGAUAUAGAGUCGAGCCAUCUUUAACAACAACAUUUUCACCGACAGUUCACGACUCCAGCGAAUCACAGACGGCGGAAGUUACUUCUUCAACGAUUUCAACAACUAUUCCUUCAACAAUUCCCAUAAAAGCAACUACUUUGACUCCAGAAACGACUAUUCCAACUGAUAAAAUUGAGUCUGCCUCGGUAUUAAACGAACCCAUAAUUAACCUUCGAAUAGACUCGCCAGAAAAUAUUGAAAAUGGUGCUGACGACGAAACUAUAGCCGAAAAAGUAGAUGUAACACAAGACACAUCUCAAGACGUAUCUCAGGAUGAGUCGAUCCAAAGUGGAAAUAUUGAAGAGAAUGCUUCGUCUGAAAAUCCAUCAUCGAAUCCCGAUGUAUUAUCCGAUUUCAAACCAUCGCCGUUAUGGUCAAUCUCUAGUGAUGACAGAGAUGACUUCACUGUGAAAGAAGAAAAUCAUUCGUACGUUAUGAAUAUGGAUGAACGAGAACGAGCCUUUCGAAAGAAAAAUCGCCAUUCUCGCCAUACCGUAAUUAACGCCUUUGAACCACCUAUACAAUAUUUAAAUGGUUUUGUGCCUGGUGGUACUGUUAGAAUUAUUGGACCAAUUCCAAAGUCAAGUAAAUGGAGCGACGACGCAAUAAUGAUAUAUAACUUGCCCAGAUACAGUAAAGCAAAUUUUAGUAAAAAUUAAAUUUGUCUGAAGAUGUGGGUGCAGGAAGGUGGAUAUUUAUUUAUGUUUGUAAUUUAAGGAUAAAAAAGAAAAAUAAAACAAAAGUUUUGGAUGUUCA